UACACCAAAGGCUCGUGAAUCGCCCCUCUGCUGGCGGCGCAUUUCAUGGACCUACUCUCCUGGCUCUGGGUGCUCAUUACAACAAGCUCUUCUGUAGUACUACUACUACCACCACUGCUGCCGCUGCUGCAAACUCUGCUGGAUGCCGGUGUUGCCGCAAGCCACACACGCAAGGCUAGCGCGCACCUCACAGUCUGCUUGCCUGCCUGCCUCCCUGCCGUAAUUAGCAACGGCAACGGCUCGCUCCUCGCAGCCAGCUGCAGCAUCGCACAAACGGCACACCGAAAGCGAGAGCGCGCUCCACAGCCUGCGAUGUAUCCAUACAGCUUCGAGUGUCACACAUGCUCUGCGCAGUGAUACGAGGGGUCCGGGCUGGAACGGAGAUUCAAACGAGCAUGAUUGCAGCUGCGUGCUCUCUGCCUGCUCCUCG